AUGGGAGAGGAAACGGCCCCGCAACGUCAAUGGCUAUCCAUUGACGUUGCGGGGACGUUUCCAGAAACUGAAAGUGGUAACAAGUAUUUCAUGGUAGUGAUGGAUUACUUCACUAAGUGGCCAGAAGUCUUCGCCAUUCCAAAUCAAGAAGCUUCAACAGUUGCAGAUAAACUAGUUCAUGAAGUCUUCUGUCGUUUUGGAGUACCUUUAGAGAUUCACAGCGAUCAAGGAAGGAAUUUUGAGUCUCAAAUAUUCCAGGAAACUUGCCGAGUUAUGGGUACUCAGAAAACACGAACAACUUCUUACCACCCACAAUCUGAUGGAAUGGUAGAAAGAUUUAAUCAGACAUUGGAGAGGUACCUAGCAAAAGUUGUGGAAAAACGGCAACGAGACUGGGACAGGCACAUACAACCGUUUUUGUUGUCAUAUCGACGCGCUGUUCACGAAAGUACAUCAGUGACACCAGCUUUCGCAAACUUUGGGAGAGAAUUGCGGCUGCCUGCAGACCUGAUCACCGGAAUACCACCUGAUGCCCCACGCAGUAUAACCGAUUAUGCAAAUGACCUGCGGAACAAAAUGAAUGACAUUUAUGAGCACGUCAGACAGACGGGCCAGCAAACGUCUGAGAAGAUGAAAACACGGUAUGACCGCAAAAUGAACAACAAGGGGUUUGAUGAAGGUUCACUAGUGUGGUUACACAAUCCAGUUCGCAGCAAAGGGAAAUCUCCUAAGCUUCAAGCUAAAUGGGACGGACCGUACCGGAUUGUGACAAGGAUCAAUGAUGUAACCUACCGGAUACAGAAAGGUGCCAGAGGUACUCCUAAGAUUGUCCAUGUGGAUCGACUGGCGCGUUAUUAUGGGGCCAAUAAUGCUCGGGACGAGCAUGUCUUAGGAGGGGGCAGUGUUGCGCGCCACUUUUAA